CAGAAGGUCAAGUAUUUUCAUGCACACCGCGUGUUCUGCUAAAAGUAAGUUGCGUAUUACGUUUCGGUUGCGGCUGCAGAAAAAUCAAUGAGUUGGAACACGUCCUUUGAAUACUAUGCCAUUGACAAUUCCAAUUAAAUAACGCGACAUAAAAUCAAUAGGGCCACCGCUUUUCCCCACUCCUGCCGUUCGUUUGUUCCGCAGCAGGCUUUGCGUAACCGAAUAUCAAACGUUUUGUCCGAGCAGCGCAGCAAAGAAAAAAAGUUAGGGAAACCCGUAUCGAGAAGCAAAAUUUAGAAGCAAUUAUGUCGCACCCAUAUGGCCUCACACCGGAUGAUAUUGCCAGUCAGUAUGGCGCCACCAUAGUGCCGACACAAGCGACUCCAGCUAAUGUUAAUCAACGCCUGGGUAGUGCGGCCCCCCACCAAAAGCGGCGGGCAGCGGAAGAAACAACAAUCGUACCACGUAAAGAUAGUCUAGAGUAUUUCAUAAAGUUUCCCAAACCAAUUGCCGAAGGCGAGUCCGACUUUGUGUUUGUUAACGAGGAAAACAAUGUGCCCAUUGUAAUGCUGUUGGGUUGGGCUGGCUGCCAGGAUCGAUAUUUAAUGAAAUACUCCAAGAUAUACGAGGAGCGCGGCUUGAUAACGGUGCGGUAUACCGCUCCGGUGGACACGCUCUUCUGGAAGCGAAGCGAAAUGGUGCCGAUCGGCGAAAAGAUAUUGAAGCUCAUUCAGGACAUGAACUUCGAUGCACAUCCGCUCAUAUUUCAUAUAUUCUCUAAUGGUGGCGCCUAUUUGUAUCAGCAUAUCAAUCUGGCGAUGCACAAGCAUAACUCACCGCUUCAGGUGCGCGGUGUAAUCUUCGAUUCAGCUCCGGGUGAGCGUCGCAUGCUAGGACUGUACAGGGCUAUAACGGCCAUAUAUGGUCGGCAGAAGCGUUGCAACUGCUUGACGGCACUGGCCAUUACGAUAACGCUGAGUAUCAUGUGGUUCGUCGAGGAGGCGUUCGCCGCCUUCAAAAGCUUGUUUGUAAAGUCCACGCCACUGCAUGCCAGUCCGUUUUACGAGCUAAAAAACGAGGCCAAUAAGAAUCCGCAAUUGUUUCUGUACUCUAAAAGCGAUGUGGUUAUACCUUACCGAGAUGUGGAAAAAUUCAUUAGAAUACGGCGCGACCAAGGCGUUGAUGUCUCAUCCGUUUGUUUUGACGAUGCCGAACAUGUUAAGAUCUAUCAGCAUUAUCCCAAACAGUAUAUUCAGUGUGUCUGCAACUUCAUUUCCAAUUGCAUGUCUCUGCCCGCGUACAAGGUUGCAGAAGCAAACCUUUCCCCCGCGCCUGACUUAAUGCCUGAGCAACAGCCAGGAUCGCACACUUCAAAAAAAUACGAUUAGGUUUUCGUCUUAUAAUAGUUAAAUGUGAUAGUUCUUUCAAUUUAACAGCUAACAGCAAGUAAAGCGCACUAUUUUAAACGCAUAAUUUUUGCAAAUAAUAUAACAAAUUUAAGCAGCAA